GGGAAACAAUAACUUUCUCGUGCGACUUCUGUCAACACCUCUUUCUUUCAAACUCACGAGCAACAUUUUCUUCUGGCACUCAAAGUCAUUUUGAGCAUUUCAGAAGAAGCCAGUCUCCGUUGUGCGUCGCAAGUUGACCAAUCGCCCCCAUUAAAUUGCUCCGUCCGGGCGAAUUUCGCGCAUAAUAUUUACGCCCAAAAUGGCUCAAAAGCAGCUCGCCUCGCUUGAUAGCUCUAUCGUCGACCGCCUGCCUGCACACUCGCAAGCUCUCUUCGCGGCCAAGACCCAUGCCAACCUCACCUUUGCAGAGAUCGGUGAGCACCUGGGCCGCGACGAGGUCGCCGUGGCCGCCCUCUUCUACGGCCAGGCGCAGGCCUCGGCGGCCGAUGUCGAGAAGCUUAGCGACCUGCUGGGCCUGCAGAAGGAGAUCCUCGCCCCGCAGCUCAUGGGCUUUCCCGACCGCGGCCGAUCUGGGCCCAUGCCGCCCGUCGAGCCGCUCAUCUACCGCUUGUACGAGAUUGUCCAGAACUACGGAUAUGCGUACAAGGCGAUCCUGAACGAGAAGUUUGGGGACGGCAUCAUGAGCGCCAUCAGCUUUUCCACAAAGGUCGACAAGGAGGUUGAUCAGGACGGCUCGCCGUGGGUUGUUAUCACCCUGAGGGGGAAAUGGUUGCCGUUCAAGCGCUUCUAAGUUCGUCUUGUCGGGGAUACAGCGGGUUGAAUAUACUGAGCUGAAGGAGGCCCGUAGACACAUUUCCGGUCCUCAUGCAUCAUAACUGAAGGAAGGCGAAGAAGAAAUCUGCAUUUGACCCUUGUUGAAAAUACAUACGUACAAUAUUAGAUCAUGUUGCAUUUGUC